CACCAUUUUCAACAAUUGAAGGCAGGAAACAAGAAACAGAGCAGCACACUAAUCGCACGCAAUUCAAGUUGGUGAACGGCUUCAAAGGCACAGAGAAAGAAGAAACCUCUGUUCCAACCGCCCGGGGAAUUCCAAUCCAAAUCUGCAAAUCGUUCUCCGGCAAUGGGAGACUCCAGCAACCACCAAUCUCCUCCUCCCCCGUACGAUCUCAUAAUCCUCGGAGCGUCCGGAUUCACUGGCAAGUACGUUGUAAGAGAAGCUCUCAAGUUCCUCAAUUCCCCAUCUUCCCCUCUCAAAUCCUUCGCCAUCGCCGGCCGAAAUCCUUCCAAGCUCUCUGAAGCCCUCAAAUGGGCCGCCCAUCCCAACUCUCCACCUCCCUCCAUCCCGAUCCUCUCCGCCGACACCACCGACCCUGCUUCCCUUCGCCUGCUAUGCUCCCAAACCAGGCUGCUCCUCAACUGCGUCGGUCCAUUUCGUCUCUACGGCGACCCUGUCGUUGCCGCCUGCGCCGAGACCGGCUGCGAUUACUUGGAUAUCUGUGGGGAGCCGGAGUUUACGGAGAGAAUGGAAGUCAAUUACCAUGACCAGGCGGUUGAGAAGGGCUCUCUGAUCGUUUCGGCUUGUGGGUUCGAUUCGAUUCCGGCUGAAUUGGGGUGGAUGUUUAAUUCCAAGCAGUGGCCUUCCGCUGCAGUUCCGAACCAGAUUGAGGCUUACUUGAGCUUGGAGUCGGAGAAAACCAUUGUUGGCAAUUUCGGGACUUAUGAAUCGGCCGUCCUGGGUGUUGCCAACAUGGACAAAUUGCAAGAGCUUAGAAGAUCCAGACCCAAAAGACCUAGGCCAACGAUUCCUGGGCCAUAUCCUCCUAAAGGACCAAUCAUAGAUCACCAAAAGGAGUUCGGUCUUUGGGCUAUAAAGUUGCCGUCAGCUGACUCUAUUGUGGUAAGAAGAACGCUCUCAACGCUAGCAGAACACCCUCACGGUCUUCCAGGAGUCAAUGAGACCGGCGAGCAGAUCGAAAAAAGGGAGAAAUUCUGGUCUGCGAUGAAGCCAGCUCAUUUUGGGGUGAAGCUGGGAUCCAAGAGCCUGUUGGGUGUAUUUCGGGUCAUCACUCUAGGCGUGUUCAUGGGGAUCUUGGGUAGAAGCUCCAUUGGUAGGUGGCUGCUCUUAAAGUUCCCGUCGUUCUUCAGCCUUGGAUGGUUCAAGAAGAAGGGUCCUUCCGAGGAUGAGGUUGAGAGUGCUUCAUUCAAGAUGUGGUUUGUUGGACGUGGUUACAGCGACCUGAGUCAAGCCUCAGCUGGGGACAAGAACAAGAAGCCCGAUGCAGAGAUCAUAACGAGAGUGAUGGGCCCUGAGAUUGGCUACUUGACGACGCCUAUUGUGUUGCUCCAAUGUGCUCUUAUUGUUCUGGGACAACGUGACAGUCUCCCCAAAGGAGGAGUCCUCACUCCUGGGAUUGUGUUUGGUUCGACAGAUCUUCAGGAACGGCUCCAGCAAAAUGGGAUUUCAUUUGAUGUCAUUUCCAGGAAAAAUGUUCCUACUUAGUGGCUGGAGGCUCCCGAACAUAUCGAAGUAAGACAUUGAUGAUCUAUCACCAAUAAUUGUGAAGGCCGAAGAUUGAUUCGGGGUAUUCCAAUUACAGGUUGAAAGAUUACUAUAUUAGGAGCGUUUUAGUGUUCAUCUCUGUUUUAGAUUUCCAGCUCUGUUGUAUUAACUUUGAUACCACUUGUAUCAACCCUCAUCUCAUCAUAACGAGUCAGGGGUCAACAUAUGUUGAAUCAUGUCAAGUUAGUGGUCAAGACAAAUCAUGUUGUUUCAUAGAGUUAUUUUGAACCGAUCCAAUUUGGCUUGAGUGAACCUAUUGGUUUUGGGUUAUCAUAGUCUAAAUCCUUCAAUAAUAUACAUAAGAUUUU